AUGAGAAGCACACCGUCCAUUAAGAAUGGCACUUUCUGCGCUGAAUGGGCGAUUGCUCUGCUGGGUGUGAAGGUAAUUUGUCCAUUCUGGGAUGAUGUGUCUGAUGACGAGACGCUUCAAUUGGUGCGACUGAGCCAUUUGUACGCGCUUGCUGGUUUUAGUCGUGAUUGGAAGUCCUCCCGAAAACUGGCCACCAUCUCGGUGACGGUGCAGUCUCUUCGCAAGAAUGGAAUAGAAUGUGCUCUGAGUGAGUCUGCCCUGAGUGCCCUGCUGGCCAGACGUCGCAACUGCUUAACGCCGACUCCUGGGUGUAAGCGUGUCCUGUCGCUGAUCAGGGCCGGCGAUGUGCCCUUCAUAGACACACGGCAGGUCGCCCCUGACUCCUUGGACCGGAUGCUUCACUAUCGAUUGUACAGGAAGCUGCGCUUCACUGACAAAGUCAUUGACUAUGAAUUCACCCAGGACGCUAAAGCCCUGGCCGCUAAAACCCGGGACGCUGAACAUGAUGACGUUUUCGUCGCUCUCAAGAUGAGGGCUGCGACUUAUUCAAAACCGGAGAGGACUCGAAUACCAGUGGCGACUUCAAGACCAGUGCCAGUCAAGACCAGUGUGGGGGCAUUCCCCCCCACACUUGAUGUCAGUCUUUCAUGGGAGAUUAGUCCCGUGCGGUGUCCCGCUUGUAAACAUGCCGCCGAACCUAUCAGCGAUUCAGUCGCUAAACAAGCACCUGUCAAAAGGCCAUUCAAGUGCGAUCUUUCGCCGUACUACCUGGUCCCGUUCGACCUCCAUGAUGAAGAGGUGGCUGUCCCGGAGCCGCUUGUGUUCCAGCUGUUAGGCAAAGACGUUGCGGAGGUGGUAGUCUCGGAUGUAGAGUCAACGAGCCCAGAGCUCACAACGCCCGCGGCUGCAGAGUGUAUGUCCCCUGUGGCCAUGAACCCAAGGAUAUUAGGAGCCUUGGACGAAGCCAUCGGUCGUUGCUGGGGCGCACAGUUGCUAAGAGGCCGGGCGUCCGAAGACCAAAAAAAUCUCAUUUGGGAGUGGCCUUCCGACCCGCGCUGGGCACAAGCCAGGUAG